AUGUCCAAUCCAUCACCGUCCGCUACAGUCUCGGGGAACAAUGCUGGCAACGACGACUCCGCCUCGUCAAUUACCGUGAAUACUACUGCCGCGGCUGCCACUACUAGUGCUCCCGCCCCCUACCCUCCGCCCAAGACCGACAAGCCUCGCCCCCAUGUCUGUGGUACUUGCCAGCGUUCGUUUGCCCGGCUGGAACACUUGAAACGCCAUGAGCGUUCCCAUACUAAAGAGAAGCCCUUCGAGUGUCCCGAGUGCGCGAGAUGUUUUGCCCGACGAGACCUACUUUUGAGGCACCAGCAGAAACUCCAUCAGACGACGACACCCUCGUCGCGCCCCCGGAACCGCCGUGAAAGCACUAGUAGCACUGCUACGGCGCAGAGUAGAGCUCGCAAGAACAGCGUUGCCAAUGCUUCCGCCGACGGGAAUGCUUCGAUGAGGCCCCGCGCUAACACCAUCAGCCAUGUGGAUGGGAACCAUAUGCAUAUGAUCGCUGCGGCGAAUGCUUCCGUCGCAAGAAGUCAGCACCAUAUACCCCCCACUCAUAGUCGCCAUCAGAGCCUCGUCGGCCUGCCGCUGCACAAUGUGGAGCACGGCUUUGCUGGUAUGUCCUCGGUCAUGGGCCAUCGUGGUGUGAGCCACGGUCUUCCGAAGCUGGAGACGCAUUCGAUCAACAACAUGGACUUUAAUGCUGGCCUUCGCACCGCACCCCCCCUGCCUUUCCAGCCCGACUUCGAAUUCGAUAGCUUCCUGUUUAGCCAGCCGAGUUCCACCACCGUAAACCCGAACGCGCUUCAUUACACCGAAUCCCCCCAUUCCAUGUCGCUUGAUCCCAUGUCUCCUUUCGGAAAUGGGAUCACGGACAUGUCUACCCCUAACCAGCACAUUGACGACAACUUUGACUGGUUAACCGGGUUCGAGCACCAGAUGUCGUUUAGUAACCCGACCGAGAAUGCCGUCGACGGCUCGUCCCCCUCGGCCAUGAGCACUACUAGUCAGAGUGGCAUCAGCGACGUAAUGCUCGACGGUUCCAACCACACAAAUUUGACGGCUGCCUCUAGCUCUAUGUGGCAACCGGCCAUCAUGGGCCCUCCCCAGAUGACACAGUUCCCUAUGGACAUGAGCAGCACCGUCUUUCCGGACCUUUUAAGUGGGGCCCCUGUGUCGCCCCAGCCGUCUUCCCAGAAGGCUAUGAGUGAGAUCUUCUUCUCAACGCCACCCCCGUCCAUGAGCUCACUGAGUCCCUCGGUAAUGCCGGGCUUGACUACGCAGACCGUGAACCAAUCCCUCAACUUUGGGCCCAGCCCAGAGACGCCUACAUCGAUUAAUGGCAGCCACCAAUCGCAUUCACCUGUUUCAACCAUCACGGAUAUCACGCGAAACGCCAUUAUGAACUCGCUAUCCCAGUGUGCCUCAUUCGGCGGUCGUAAACGUUCCUUCACGUCGCCCAACUCCCCUAUAUCGCCACAGUUCCCAAACACCCCGGAUAACGCAUCCGACAAUGCCAAAGGCCUGCCGUCUACCCAGGACCUCCAGCGAUAUGUCACUAGUUACUUUCGCUACUUCCACCCACACUUACCGUUCCUGCAUAUCCCUACGUUGUCCUUCGAUACCCCAUCCACCUCAGCUAACGGACGGUCAAAUAUUGCGGGUGGGAGCGGAUGCCUGGUUCUAUCGAUGGCCGCUAUCGGUGCUCUUUACGAGAUGGAUCGCCCCCAGUCGCGAGACCUGUUCGAGAUGGCCAAGAAGAUGAUCCAAUUAUACCUAGAGGAGAGGAGGAAAUCCGAUAUGCGGAAGGCUGAUUUUCGUCGAACGCCAUCCUCGGACCAGGGCGCCCAGGCGGCGGAAACUUCCAUCCACACGCCCCUAUGGCUUGUGCAAGCGAUGCUCUUGAACGUAGUAUAUGGUCAUAACUGCGGAGACAAGAUCGCAAGCGAUAUCGCCUCAACCCAUUCCACAGCCCUCGUUAGCCUCGCCCAAGCUGCGGGUCUCCUUCGGCCGAUGAAGAUGGACGCGGCAGAGGUCCGAGAGAUCCAGGCGAACGAUGCUGAGGGUAAUUGGAACGGCGGUAUCAAGGCCGAGUCCGACGACCAGGCCGAAUGGUUGAGAUGGAAGACGAUGGAAGAGAGAAAACGGACCCUCUAUGUCAUCUUCAUUUUUUCGAGUCUCCUCGUCACUGCUUACAACCACACUCCGGCGUUAACGAACUCGGAGAUAUUCUUGGAUCUUCCAUGUGACGAGGAGUUCUUUGCCGCGGAGAGCGCUGCGGCUUUCCAGUUGAAGGGUGGCAUAAGGGCUGCAGGGCACAACCGCAUGACAUUCCACGAAGCCCUUGGGGAGCUGCUGCGCACCAACGAGAAACAACAGAAACUGAGUUUCGGGAAUGGGCAGCAGUCCCUCAGUUCUACCGCUCACGUAAACGAUGGCCUACCCGGCGAACUGAAACCCAGCACUCUAGGCUGCCUAGUGUUGAUCAACGCUCUUCACAACUACAUCUGGGAGACUCGCCAGCGGCACCACAAUAAGGUGUGGACGAACGAGGAGACUGAGAAGAUGCACCGCCACAUUGAGCCGGCAUUGAAGGCGUGGCAGUCAGCUUGGGCGAGCAAUCCCCACCAUAGUCUAGAACGUCCCAAUCCGUUUGGCAUGGGCCCUCUCUCUGCCGACGCUAUUCCUCUACUCGAUCUGGCCUAUAUUCGGUUGUUCGUUAACAUGUCCCGGACCAAGGAGAAAUUCUGGCAGCGAGACUGGGAUGGCUUGGCGGAUGAGCUCUCGCGUGGCAAUGAAGUUAACCAGCAAGCAGAACAUUCUCCCUCAUCCAACGCUGAGUCGGCGACAGAUCCGUCCGACGCAUCCGGGGCAAGUUCAAUCUUCAUCGAUUCACCACCCACACAGUCAUCAUCGCCUGAAUUCGCAUCCAUGAAAUUCUCGCCACCUUCGCACCCGCAGUCACAGACACAAGCAACGAACAACCGUUCUAUUACCCGCCGGGAGAAACAUCUGCGGAAGGCUGCCUUCUACGCCGCUGACUCGCUUUCCAUGUCGGACAAGUUAGGGGUGACAUUUGCUGAAUUCUCGAGCCGGGAACUACCAGUACAGUCGGCGAUGUGCUCCUUCGAUUGCGCACAAGUCCUCGCGGAGUGGAUCGCUACACUCCAGGAUCGCGUUGGCAGAUACUUGGGUGUUCUUGGGAAGGAUGAAGUCGACAUGGCGGGUGUUCCCGCUAUAAUGCUCCUCGAGGACGAAGAUGUGAAGCUUAUUCACAAGAUCCAGGAACUCUUGUCUAGUGCUGAUAUGAAGAUGAAUAUGGAUAUCGUGAGUGGUGGCGCCAUUGAUUCUCGCCUGCAGAUGGACGGUCUCUGCGGGUAUGCGGCAAAAAUCCUGAGAGCUACGGCGUACAUGCUUGACAAAUCUGCCGUGUGGCCAGUGCUCCAUUUGAUGGCCCGCUGUCUCGAGAGCCACGCAAACUUUAUGGCCUCGCGUGCCGACAAGUCUGUCAUCGCUACCGAGUGA